AUGUUGGCAAUAUUCAAGAAGGGUUUGGUAAAUCCACCACAGGAAUUGAAUGGCCCAGUUUCUCCUCAAGCUUCUGUUGGCCUUAAGAAUCCCGAGGAGAUAUUUGAUGGUUUUUUAUCUGAUGCCUGCAAAGGCUGCAAUGACUUUUCUAUUGGCUUUGGUGAUAAGGCAUUAUUGGCCUAUGCCCCACCAGAACCCUCAUUCAAGGCACAUCAAAGGUUGUUUUGUGGUGGAAAUGACGUGUACUGCAUUUUUUGGGGGAGUUUAAACAACUUGUGCGACCUUAACAGGCAAUAUGGCCUAUCAAAGGGUGUUUGGUUUCUUUUGAAGAUUUUCUUGUUGGAAGAAGAAAUGUUGGCAAUAUUCAAGAAGGGUUUGGUAAAUCCACCACAGGAAUUGAAUGGUCCAGUUUCUCCUCAAGCUUCUGUUAGCCUUAAGAAUCCUGAGGAGAUAUUGAAUGGUUUUUUAUCUGAUGCCUGCAAUGACUUUUCUAUUGGCUUUGGUGAUAAGGCAUUAUUGGCCUAUGCCCCACCAGAACCCUCAUUCAAGGCACAUCAAAGGUUGUUUUGUGGUGUAAAUGACGUGUACUGCAUUUUUUGGGGGAGUUUGAACAACUUGUGCGACCUUAACAGGCAAUAG